CGAAGUAAAUAAAUUUAAUUUCCACAGAGAGCAGAGAGCUAGGUUAUGUUUUUAUUAUACAGUCUUGAGUAUGGAUGACAACGAUAUCGAUGAUGUCAUUUCAAAUGGCGGCGAAGAUGAAGGAGAACCUUGCGAAUUUUUUUUUGAAUCCGAUCAUCUAGCACUGAAAGGGAACAAGGACUACUUAGAUCUAAUGAAAACCUUAGCAAUUCUUCAAGCCCAAAGAAGCCGUGCUCUACAGGACUUGGAGACCAUUGAGAAAAUAAAAAGGGAAGCAUUGAACGAUCCCGAAAGCUUUAUUUCUAUCUUACAAGUUGGUGGAGAUCUAGGAGUUCCUAAUCGGCAGGUCUUAGCUGAGGUACCAAAUAUAGAAUGGAGCGAAUAUAAUACUUCAGCACCAAGUAAUUUACUUAUACGACCAACCACUAGGAGAAAUGUCACCAGUGGUCACCACAAGACGGAUUCCAGAAAAGUCAAAGAUGAAGACAAAAAUGGAGAAGUAACAGUGCGGGGGCGUACUUUUAAUCAGAAUAAGCCAGAAACAUUCAAUCAGCUAUGGACGGCAGAAGAACAACGAAGGCUAGAAGAGUUACUGAUUGAGUACCCACCUGAAGAAGUAGAAUCCAGGAGAUACCAAAAAAUAGCUGAAGCUUUAGGCAACCGUACACGUAUGCAAGUUUCAAGCAGAGUGCAGAAGUAUUUCCUUAAAUUAAUGAAAGCAGGUUUGCCAGUGCCGGGUCGAGCCCCACGCCUUCCAACCGAAACUCAGAAAAAGGGGUCGCACAGCAGGCAGCGUACAAAUAAUUUCCUUUCCCGACCUUCUACAUUUUUCCCUCAGCAUCAGGAUUUGCCUGUUUACAUGUCAGAUUAUGAUGAUGGAGCUGAGCUUCCUGAUAAUAUAGAAGAUUUGUUAAUAGUUAAAACUGAAACAACGGAGUAUACUCUUUCUGAUGAACAGAGGAAACUCAAUCUUUUAAAAAAAGUCAAAAUAGAGAAAGAAAGUGGUAAUAUUCAUAAUGGUAUUCAUGCUGGCUUCAAGUGUGAUUUAUGUGAUGAAGAGCCUAUAGUUGGAACCCGUUGGCACUGUUUUGACUGUCCUUCAAACACCUCUGUGGACUUCUGCUCCGACUGUGUUGUCAGUCAGCUAGAUUCAACCACUCCUCACCCGCCAAACCAUAGACUAGAAGCAAUUGGCACCCAUACAACUUCAACUAGCAAUGAGUCAUAUGACCCCGACUACCUAUCACAAUCGUUUUCUCAGAGCUACAACUAUCUAGACUCCAAUUUUCUUCCCCACUGAUGCUUUUCUUUAAAAGUUGCUUGAAUUUCACUUAAUGACCUCAGAAGCUGUGAUACCAUCAUUUGCCAUUAAUUGAUGGAAAUGACGGAAAUGUAGUACAAAAUCUUCUGAAUUCCUCUUGUAUUUUAUAUUAAGGUGUAUUGUAUCACCUGUGAUGUAGACAAUAUUCAGAGGUAACUAGAGAAUAAACUUGACCUUCAAAA